AUGAGUGGAUUCUUUGGCUCUAACGAAGCUACUUCACGGUGGGGCGGUUAUUUCAAACAAGCCAUAUCUAACGUCGAGACCACAUUUGAUUCCUUGCUCGAACAACCACAGACACAGCAACUGCAACCAUCCACAACAGUACAAGAUAAAGACACAGAGACAGAGACCUAUGUGGAUCCCAUUAGCGGCAUGGUCACUACCAUUGAGAAGCCCAAGAAACCAAAAGCUUCAGUGGAGAAGAAGCCAGAGCCUCCUGCUGCAACAAAGCUCUUAGAAUCUCGUUCUAGUUCAGACUUGUCCAGCCGAUUGGCAGCUGUAAUGGCGGAAAAGUCGAAGCGUGCAGACAAAUUUCCUCGACAUAGUAGGAAAGCCCCAGAGGGAACUCCAGAAGCAAAAGUCGAUGAAAAAGUAAUAGAUAAAGAAGCAACACUUAAAGACGAAAAAGAGGCAGCGCCAACAAUAGAAGACAAUAAGGUAGAAGGCAAGGAAGAGGGCGAUGCAGAUGCGAAAGAAGAAGAAAAAGAGCAAGCAGCAGCUACUAGCAAUGCAGAUUCCCAGGCUGAAGCAAGCUCAGAAGCAGUACAAGAUGAAGUAAAAUCCAGUGCUACUUUCACAGAUCCACUACAGGCAGAUAUGGAAGAAUCAGUAACGAAAGAUGUAGCACCCAAAGACGAUACCAAUAGCACACCAGAUGCUACAGCUGAGAAAGCAUUACAAAACGACAAAAAGACGGAUGAUGUGGAUGUCUCUGCACCAGCUUCAGCAGAGAAACCUUCGAAAAUCAAGGCGGAUACAGCAAUGAACAAGGAUACGAAGCAGGCAUCCGCAAAAGCUAACUCUAACCAUAUUGAAAAUGACGAGAAAGAUCGAAUCCUUGAACAAAGAGAGACUCAGCUUAUGCAAGUGAUGGAGAAUAUUACCAAACUACACGAUCAAAUGCAACAAUUGCAAGACAAUGCUGUUAAAAAAGAGAAUCAACUACAAGCCAAGAUAGAUCAAUUGGAAGCCGAAAUCAAGCAAAAUCAAGGCGAGAAUGCUCAGGCUGGUUCGCCGGCUAUUCUUCAGAAAAGUGUCAAACGUUUAGAAGCCACUGUAGAUGAUCUCAAGAAGCAAAUGCUAGCAAAAGAUGAGAAAAUACAGGGUUUGCUGCACGAGGGCGAGAAACUGUCCAAAGUCGAACUCAAGCACUCGACCACCAUCAAGAAGCUGCGACUGGAAAAGACAGAGGCUGACAAAAAUAUUGCCGAAUUAACCAAGAAGCUCGAAAAAGCGACCUCAGAUCUAUCACAGGCAUCACAAAAGGGAACCAAACAGACUGAAAAUGAGAGGCGACUUCAAGAAUCAGUGAAAUUACUCCAAGAUUUGACAGAACAACAAACAAAACACAUCAACAAGCUGGAAUCCGAGAAACUGGUGACUCAGAAAAAGCUGACAGAAACAGAGACCUCACUCAAAAAGUUACAAAAUAGUAUGGAGGAAGAGCGCAACAAGGCAAAACUGGAAGCAGAGAAAGUGAAUGCUGCUGCCCUGGAGAAGGAAAUCAAGGCCAAUGACAGACUGCACAAAGAGUUGACCAAGCUGAAAGAAAAUGCUGAAUCCCUCGAGACAAAAUUAAGGAAAGAGAUUAGGGAAUUGCAGAUUGCACUUCAAACUGUGGAAGAGCAAGCCGGUCAACGUGAAGACGACUUGAGGCAGGAAUUGGCUGAUUUGCAGACGAAACUACAGCAAUCUGAUAGCAGAAUGGACGAUAUUAAUGCCAGCGUGGAUGAAGCAACUGCUCCCUUACUGCGACAGAUCGAGGAGUUACAAAGCCAACAUGCAUUAGCCAUCAAAACCAGAGAUCAGGCUGAACAGAGUAUGGUGAUACGUAUGCAAGCAGCAGAGGAUGAGCGCAAAAGAGCCAUUGAAAAGGACACCAAACUACAAGAAGAAGCGAAUUCUCUGAAUGAACGAUUGGAGCAAGCGGAAUCAGAGUUGGAGAAGCUUCGAUCGCAAGUUACUACGCUUGAAGCUCAAGUGGAGGCUGACAAUGUGGUCAGAAAGGAACUGGAGGAGCGCAUCCAGGUGUUGAUCAAGGAGAAGGCAGAGCUGAAUGAGAAGGAGGCCAAAGAUCAAGAAGGCCUCAAGAGCCAAUACCAGCACUUGAUGAAAGAGAGACUAGCAGAAGAGAGAAAGCAGUUUGAGAUCAAGCUCAAAGCAGCAGCAGCUUCUUCAGCAUCUUCCACACCCACAUUAGAUCAAGACAGCGAUGACGUCCUCGUCAAUAAAACCAAGCAUGUGCGUACGCCUAGCAUCAGCUCACGAUCCAGCUUUGACAGCAGCUCAACAACACCGGCAGUGGUCUCCUCUAUUCUGGUGGAGCGACUUCAGGCCAACAUUCGCCAACUGGAGAACCAACUGAGCUUUUACCAGACGCAGCUACACAGCUCAUCACAAUCGCGAGACGAGUUAUCAGAGGAGGUGCUGAGCAUGACGCAAGAAAUGGAGCAGUUACGGAAAGAAGUGAAAAAGACCCGUCAAUUAGAAGAGCAACACCAGCAACUGAACGAUAGAUACCAAACCUUGCUGGAGUUAUUGGGUGAAAAAGCCGAGCAAGUGGAAGAGCUUAAGGCAGAUCUUCAGGAUGUCAAGGAGAUGUAUAAAAGUCAAAUUAUAGAUCUUGUACAGAAAAUAGAUCAUUUAAAUAGCAAUAAGAAAUAA